AUGAUUCAAUUAAAGGUGAGGCAGCGCGUUUAUAUCGCUGAUUUCACAAAUACUGACUCCUCUCCACCAGACACUAUUAAAUUGCAUCGACAACUCCGGCGCCUCGAUAGUCGAGUGCGUCAACGUCCUGAAGAAGAAGCGCCCUGCGACCAUCGGUUCGUCCUCCACCAGACCUGGCUCGAACAGCGUGACAAAAAGAGAAAUCUGAAGCUGACAAUCGAGAUUGGCUAUCUAGGUGACCGCAUCGUCGUCGUCGUCCAGAAGCAGCGAUCUGCAGGUUCCGAAGCCACCACCGCGGCUUCGCUCGCGAACAAGGUCCGCCGUGGUGAUAUCCGUCAUGCUGUCGUUGUUCGCGUGAAGAAGGAGUUACAGCGGCCUGAUGGUUCCCUCGUUCGGUUUGGUGACAAUGCUUGUGUUCUGGUCAACAAGUCUGGAGAUCCCAUUGGGACGAGAAUGAACGGUGUGGUUGGGCAAGAGCUCCGGAACAAGAAAUGGUCAAAAAUCUUGUCCUUGGCCCCGAUCAACGUUUGA